AUGGGUUUCGAAGGCAGGCACAAGAAAUCGGAUUUAUGGCCUAUUAGCGAAAAACCUAAGUUCAGCCUAUUCCACAGAAAGAAGAAGAAUCCAAAUGCAAAGAGUACGAAGAAGCCGCAGGUACCUGUAGAAGCAAAUGGGAAGCAUAUGGUAGCGAAACGCAGUAUUCGAGACCGAUCGUCGUCUAAUUUGACGCAGGAUUAUGACGGAAGAAGCAAAUCGGCGAGUCUUCCCGAAAUAGUAUCGCUAAAGAUGAGUCGACAAGAGAAGAAAAAAUCGCCGUUAUCGUCUGAAAGUGUGCUAGAAGGUGAUAAUGAUGGCAUUGGGAAAUCGAAACCAACUUUAGCCAAUGCACUGGGCAAGUCCAAAGUGCGCCGGCGCAACAGCCCCGGAUCUGCAUCGAAACAAUCAAGUCAGGACCCAAGUGCAAGCGGCACCACACCGGGCACCAGAAUGAACUUGAUAAACUCGGUGAAAAAUAUAGCAAGCUCUGGAACCCAGUCUCCGCAGCAGGAGACCAGGGCCGCAGAUUCUGACGACAACGAAAAUAAUGAUUCCAGCGGGUUUAUUUCUGGUGUGCUUUCGGCUGCUCACAACGCUGCAAACCAUUUGAUGCGUCGAACGGCGAGCUCUAAGCUAGCCGAUGAGUCUGUGACUAACCAAGUCGCCGAUGAUACCGUCGUGAAGAACCCUGUCGAUUCCGAACCCAACCUCUCGUUUCUUCAGCAUCUCGAUUUCUUACUUUCUACCGGGCCAGUGGGUACUUCAAAUGCACUUGCACCGCCACCUAAUAAUCCGAGCCUGAAUCGUUCUGGAAGUGCAGCGACCGUCGGUGAGGGAAACUCUAUUGUUUCAGCCAAACCAAGCAUUUUCAUUGAUGAACCUAGUGAUAGCCAAGAUCAGUCAUCGACGGAAGAAACGGAAGCCUUGUCUCUCACAGAUAGAAUAAAAUUUCAACCGUUGAAGGGGGAGUCUCAACUGGCGACUUUUGGGAAAGGCAAUUUGUCCCUGGGGGUCUUUGACAACAAUAACAAUAGCAAUAACAACAAUAAUAAUAAUGAUAACUCUGGGACCCUUCCUUUGGAACGAAGUUCAUCUCGUGCUUCUCAUAAAGAGGAGAACGUAGUUGCUUUGAAAGCCGUUGGAAAACGAAGAAAAACGAUAUCUGCAAUUAACAUGCAUGGAGAUAGCCGCUCGCAAAGCACCGUGAACAACGUGCGCGAGAAUAGUCCACUUCCCUCGACUUUAAAUAAUUCAGAGGCUGUUAAAGGUAUGAUCACACCUACCAAAGUGCAAAGCAUAUCGGAAGCAGAAGAGAGUAAACGAGAUGUGGAUAACGAACGUCGAUCAAGGCGUAGACGUGAUUCCAAGAAUUUUCUGUCAAGACGGUCAUUUUCACCCUCUAAUAAAGGCUUAAAGCUAGCCCUUGCGACCAACCCAAGAUCAUCUUCCCAGAGAAACCGUUGGUCUACGGCCGAUUAUGAUACAAGUUCAGAUAGCGAAUCUUCGAAUGGAUACAACGGCGGCCCAGAUAAUGAUAACAGUCACAGUAGAAGUUCAGUAAAGCUUCGAAACGUUACUUACGCUGACGAGAAGAAAAACCAUGAGUUUCACACCAUUUUUAAGGAUGCAGGCAUAUCUCCCAAUGAACGCUUAAUUUCAGAGUUUAGUUGCGCUUUGUCUCGUGACAUCCUUCUACAAGGUAAAAUGUUCGUGUCUGAAAAGCAUAUCUGCUUCAAUUCCUCGAUCUUAGGGUGGGUGACCAAUGUUGUAAUCUCGCUGAGCGAAAUCGUUCAGAUUGAAAAGAAAUACACUGCCGGAAUAUUUCCAAAUGGUUUGGUCUUCCAUACCCUUCACACGAAAUAUGUGUUUGCCUCGCUUCUGUAUCGAGAUCAGAUUUUUGAUAAUAUCACAAAUAUUUGGAAUCAAAUUAUACUAGGAGUGGAUGCCGGAAGACUGUACGACAAUGCUUCGUCUGCGAGAUCCAACGAUGAUGACGUUGAAUCUGAGGUGGGAAAAAGUGAGCGAAACGUGCAGCCAUACUCCACUUUCGAAGAAGAUUACUCCGACGAUGAUGAUAUUGAAGAUUCCGACAUGACAACAAGCGACGGGUCUUCAAAUGUCGGCUCUGAAGAAGACGAAAGUCAUGAACAAGGUACAGGGAUAGCAGGUAGCAGGCUAAGCAGCCUCAGUACGCUAGGCCCAUCUCAGCACUCUCCAACUGGCAGUGAUGUGACCAAAGAGAGCGCAGGUAAAGUUGUGGAGGAAACAGUUUUCAAUGCGCCUCUUGGAAAAAUUGUUAACAUCUUAUUCGGAAAUAAUGUCUCUUACGUCAAAGAUAUUCUCAGAGCUCAAAAGAACUACGAUUUAUCUGAAAUUCCUCCCAUUUUAGAGACGAAGAAAAGAGAAUUUACGUAUACCAAACCUAUUUCAGGGCCAAUUGGGCCAAACAAAACCCGAUGCCAGAUCACAGAGACUCUUGAGCAUUUUGAUCUCAAUGAUUUCGUGAAAGCAGUUCAAAUCUCGCGUACGCCCGAUGUGCCCUCUGGUAACUCAUUUGUUGUCAAGACCAUCACCUAUUUAUCUUGGACCGCGAAUAACUGUACAAAAAUGACGAUUUCGGUGGCUGUAGAAUGGACAGCAAAAAGCUGGGUGAAAGGUGCGGUAGAGAAGGGAACCAUUGAUGGGGUAACAGCAACAAGCAAGGUUACGACGGACGAGAUUAAAGCUAUCUUGAAUAAUAUUGCCAGUAACUCUGAUGAAACAGAGGAAUCAAAAGAUACCAGUGAAAACAUCAUCAAGUUACCGACCAUUGGCCCCGCUGAGCACGCUCCUACGCAGCCGUCUUACACCAAAGAAGAUGGUGAUGUGGUCAUUGACGAUUCCAUCGUUCUGUCAGCGCCGCUUGGCACUAUUUUCAAGGUUUUGUGGGGCGAUGACACCAGUUAUACGCGGCGUAUUGUUGAGAGUCAGAAGAAUUACGACUUGUCAGAGAUACCGCGUUUUGCCGACGGAACAAGAAAAUAUUCUUACACUAAGCCCUUAAACGGACCAGUAGGUCCGAAGAAAACCAAAUGCCUGAUACAAGAAACAAUAGAACACAGUGAUUAUAACACCUACGUUAUGGUACGACAAGUCACUAGGACACCGGAUGUGCCAUCAGGGAAUUCCUUUUCGGUGCAUACUAAAACGUUUUUGUAUUGGGGACCCAAGAAUACUACGAGGAUGCUAGUUGUUUCUAAAGUGCUUUGGACUGGGAAGAGCUGGAUCAAGGGCGCAGUUGAGAAAGGAUCCAUCGAUGGUCAGAAGUCCUCAACCCAGAUCAUGAAGGAAGAGCUCAAAGAUAUCAUUUCUACAGCCAGCAUAACGAAAACAACGCAUGUGCGAAGAAGGAGCAGAAAAGACAGGAGGUCGCAGGUUGUUGCCCCUGAGACCAAAAAGCCCCCUUCUUCCCGUUCCGCCAACGCGGGAGGCGGGGUUUUCAUCUCACUUCUUUCAAGCCUCGUGAAAACAAGCAUGCUACGCGAACUUUCAUGGCUCAUUAUUGCGGGCUUUCUCAUUUUCAUCGUUCUACGCUUCAGCAGCGGCAGCCGACACAGUUCUUACUCGAUUAUAAAACCUGGCAAAAUUGUAAUUGAUGGAAACACGUACAACUAUGUCCCAACGCUGACGACGAUGUACGAUGUUUACGAAGAACGACUAAAGCACGGCAAGGGAGAUGAUAUUUUUGAGGGCAAUGUCGUUAGCGACGCAGAGUCUCAACUUUGGAACUGGAUUCAUGACAGAGGAGAGCAAGUCAAGCAACCGUUAAGCUUCAAAAUGAAUGAUGGAGCUGAUCGAUUGCGGAUGCUAAGCACUCACGAGCAGCAAAACUUGGCAGAGGCGAUAGACAGCGCAGAAGAGCGUUUGAAUACUCUUAAAAGACAAUUACAGCAUGCCAAGAAUUUGACAGGCUCGACCACAACUUUGGAGCGGAAACGACGAUGA